AUGCUUCUCCACGAGGCACUGCUGUGCACAGAGUGCCCCAUCUGCUUGCAGCCGCUAGGCUGUCGUAUUCGGCCUCCCCACAGCCGCCCCGCCUCUCCGCCCAUCCUCGUCACCCCCGCGAGAGUCACCACCGACAACAGCGAGGCCACAAGUAGUACGAGUCCGUCGGGCAGUUCCCCGCACUCGCCGUUGCAGCUGGACGGGUUAACCACCUUAGGUGAGGCAAACGAGUUCCGCAUCACGUUUGCACCCGGUGUGUACGGGAUCGAUGCUGCCGAUCCGUGGCACCCAAGCCUUGCCACCCCGUCUCCAGCGUCCCCCCAUGAGCUAUCAAGCUCGCUGGAUCAGCGCAGCUUUGCGCUCAGUGGGGCGAGUCUGUCUGGAAGCGGUCACGCUGCCGACAGCAGCAGCGUCGAAGGCACCACCGGCGUUGUGGUGCUGCCGUGCGGACAUCUUCUGCACUACCUAUGUGCGAUGCAGCUGUGCGAGUACGCCACCCAUCCGUCCUGUCCAGUGUGCCGGCUGAAACUCGCCUCCGACGCGGAUUUGAUUCUCUUCCGUCCCCAGCUGCGAGCCUCAUCGAUCGUCGCAGCCCAGGCGCCUGUUGGCAUCUCUUUCAGCUGCACGAGCGCCAUCACCACACGAAAGCGCCGUAGACCAGAAGAGGCGGAGAGGGUGGAGCACUGCACACAGUGUGCAGAUAACCACGGAACGGACGACAACGCCAACAGUGGUCAGGUGUUCUCGCUCGAGUCGGCAUCGCAGCGAGUCUGUGCGCCGAGCCCCGCUGUCGUGCACACCUUGACGUCGAAAUCUGGUGGCGAGUGCAGUGCCACCACGCGUAUUCUCAAGGACGUUUUGGCGCUGACGGACGCCUGCGCGACACCGAAGACGCUGAUUUCGCCUGGUACGUCGCGUCAGGAAAUUGGCAGCGAUGUGGAUGCGAGCCAAGACGAGGACGACAUUACGAUCGUCGGUGCCCGUCAACUUCCGCCCUCUCAAGCCUACGCUGAACUGCUGCUUCGCACCACUGCCACCUGGACGGAGCGGGCAGAAACGCUGAAGACGCGAGUAGAGCACCUUGAGAGAAGUCAGCAGCAGCUGCAGAGCGACUGCAGUGAGCUCGAGCGCACUCUCACUGUUGCGCGGCGUCGCCGUGAGCUGCUGCUGACUUCCUCCUCGCCGAAAGAUGAGCAGGACACGCUUCGGUCGGCACAACGACUGCGUGAGCUGCGUCGCCUCUCUCUCGAGACACGAACGGCCAUGUUGACCUCCACGGCACAGCUGGCAGAGGCGAUCCGCGACCACGCGGAGGUGCAGCGGCAGACAGAGAAGUACAUGCGCAAGUUGUCGAGGCUCGACUGUGAAAAAGGAGACGGGGGCACCGGCGCCAGCAGCAGCGGCGUCUGA